AUGGCAACUCCAUUCCUCUUCAGUAUUUCUAUUCCAACAUCAUAUCUCACAGCUACUCCACAGUUCUUCACCACCAUCGACCAAGGCUUAGACUAUGAGCCAGCGCGCACCAUCGGCAGCCACAUAUGGUACAAGCCAUAUGUCAGCGUGACACCAGACACAUGCUUCGUGUUAGACGACGGGACCGGGCGCGUGGUGGGAUACUGCAUCGGCGCAGCAGACACUACGACGUUCGCUCAGCGCUGGCGAGAGGAAUUCACACCACUUGUAGACCCGGCACUGGUACCGCGACCUGAAGUGCGUUCUGACGACCCCCUCAUGGAGAAAGACUAUAUCAAGGGUUUCCGGGAAGCGGUGUAUAACGCGCAUUGUAGUAUGCUGCAGCCGUGGCCGGAAAGUUCACAGGCUUAUCCUGCGCAUCUGCACAUUGACAUUCUGCCGGAGUUCCAGAGACAGGGGCAUGGGAAGGCUUUGAUUACUGCUUUCUCGGAGGCUGUGAAGAGUCGCGGGGCAAAGGGUGUGCAUUUGGACAUGGUGCAGCACAAUACGAAUGGGCGGGCGUUUUACCAACGAGUUGGCUUCCAGCUUUGCUCCCAGAUUCUGGAUGGCGGGGAAAGUGGGCAGACGGGCGUGAACGGGAUCGUUGUGACCUUGGUGAAAUCGUUGUGAUCUAGCCCGUGUAAGGUGUAGUACAUAUUCAGCGAUAGCACUUCCUGCAUCUUUCGAAAGUGUACAUACUUAGCUCUUCAAGGAACCACAGCCAC